GUUUGAUCCUGUUAGAUCGGGUUGAAUGUUGUGGGGGUAAUGAGAGCAUGAAUAGGGCAGUUUGCACUACAAAACAAUAGGGACAACUGAUCAAAUGGAAGCUUUGUAUAUGUGAGAAAAAAAAUCCACAUUGGUAUGGUCUUUACAAUAUUUCAUAAAACAGUACCCCUUUCCCUUAAGGUGUCAUUGGUUAACACUAGUUAACAUGAAAAUCACUUUUAAAGUGUUUGUUAAUGUUAGUAAACAUUACUUUCAUCAUUAACAAAUACAAUGUUUGAUUUUAAUAAUGUAUUAAUAAAUAUUAUUUAAUGGAGCUGAGCUAACAUUUACAAAAAAUAAACAGUUGUAUUUUUAUUAAAUAAUGUUAACAAAGCUUAAUAAAUAUUCUAACAAAUGUAUUGCUCAUUGUUAGUUAAUGUGUCCUGGCCAUCGCUCAGUGUUUUUAAAUCAAACUUAAAGACUCAUUUUUACACCCUUGCAUUUAAGUGAUGCUGUGUAUGGUAUUUUUUUUUUUUUUUUUUUUUUUUUAUGUGUAUAUAUACAUAUUUUUUUUUAUUUUUUUCCCCUUUUAAUUUUUGUUCUCUAUUACUUUUUAAGUAACCUUUUAUUGUAAAGCACUUUGGAUCAACGAUGGUUGUGUUAAUGCUGUGCUCUAUAAAUAGAAAUUGGCUUGAUGUGACUUAUUGUAAAGUGAAACUUUACCCUUUAAAAAAAACACUUUAUUUCAAGGGAAUAAUGCAUUAGUAAUCCAGAAUAAUGCAUUAGUUGAUCAAUAAUUAUUGGCUUAUUCUGGUCAAUAAACUUGAAUAUCACUUAGUAAGUGCCACUCAGUAAUUGUGAAAAAGUUAAUCAUUAAUUACUAGUUUGUUUAUUCUUAACUAAUGCACAAUUCUGGAUCCUUAAAAUGUUAGGUUAAUCAUUAAAGACUAGUGCGUUAUUACAUGAAUUUUUUAAUUUGGGUCUGGGUUUGGGUAUAAAAGGGGGUGCAAGUCAACAAGUUUAAUGUAUGCAAUGAUAAUAUUUUAGUCUGUAACAAAUAUGAUUAAUAAAAUGAUUAAUUAAUGAACUAAUUAAAAUCAGUUUUACAAAAAAGAGCACUUGUUGAAUUGUCCUGCAUGUCAGCAUUCAUAACAAUGUUAUUACAACUAAUUUGAUUAAUUCUGUACAGUUUAGUUAGGUGGCCAUUACUAGCCAUUGUUAUAAAUUAAUCUUCUAUUUUAUAGGUAGCAGGAUGCUUGGUCCAUUACAUCCUGACGGAUGGGCAACACCCUUAUCAGACAACUACACCCUACGCCAAGGAUCCAUUUGGUCUAUCUCACAAUGUCAGAACGAGUAACUUCACACUUCAAUGUGAUGAAAGACAAAAAAAUAUCUUAAGCAGAAUGCUGAGCAAAUCAAUGGAAGAGCGUCCUACUAUUGAGGAAUGCCUUCAGGCAUUCAAAAGUUUCGAUCACCAGUCUGAUCAAAUUGGAACCACAAACAGCUACAGCAAUAAGAAUGGAAAUAAAGACAGAGCCCAUAUAGAAAACUGCUUUCCUCAAGCACAAGAUGAGAUGAACAUCCCAGAGAAUCUUUGCAGUGAUGUGACAGAUUCAUAUUCCCACACUGAAGAGGAAUUAUCUGAGUGUGAAACGAACAACACAGAACAACAGGUAUACCCUUUCUUGGAAACGUCAGAGGAAGAAGAAGACAAAGAUGAAGAAAAAAAAGAAAGCAAAACAAAACAAGCACAAGGGAAAGUAGCAGAAGAAAAAGCCAUCCAAGGAAAACUGCUUACAAAGGCUAGGAUGGAAAUGGAUGAAUGUGCCCAAGGUUGUGCAUCUCAACAACAAAAUAUGAUCAAAGUGAAAGUAUCCUCAAACACGCCAUAUCAACGCAUCUAUGACAAAAAGAAUUUCUGCCUUUACUGUGAAAAGCCUUAUGCAAAAAUCACAAGACAUCUGAUACAGAAACCUUCCAGAGAGGAUGAAGUUGCAAAGGCACUGUCAUGUAAGCAAGGCUCAACCAUGCGUAAUCUUUUUUUAACCAAAGUAAGGAACAUGGGAAACUACCACCAUAAUAUUUCAGUCCUAUCCUCUGGAAAAGGGGAGAUUAUUCCAAAAAGACAAGCAACAUCUGUGUCAACAGCAACUGACUAUCUGCCUUGCAAGUUUUGCUUUGCUAUGUAUAUCAAAACAGACCUCUGGAGACAUCAUAAGCGUUGCAAAUUACAAGUAAAAGACAAUAUGCCAGGGAAGCGGAAGGUUCAGGCAAGCUGUUCCCUGUUGUUGCCCAUGGACUCAACAAUUUCCAGUGGACUUCAAAAAAUAAUUGAAGACAUGACAUAUGAUGAUAUAACACAGGUAGUAAAAUCGGAUUCGUUGAUUCUGUCAUUGGGUGAGAGAAUGUUCCUCAAAAAUGGAGAAGUUGGACGACACCGGGCAGAUAUUAGAAAUAAGAUGAGGGAACUUGCCAGACUUCUUCUGGUGGCAAGAGCCAUUGACAAGGACAUUGUUGCUUUAAAGGACUUGAUCAACCCAGCAAAGUUUAACACAGUACUUGAAGCUGUGAAAAAGAUGACCGGAUUUGACAGCUCUACAAACAGAUUCUCAGUUCCUUCAACAGCACUGAAACUGCGACAUUCCCUUGUCAAAGUGUCAUAUAUAUUGCAAGGGGAGGCUUUAUGUCAAGAGGAUGAUGCUUUAAAGGGAAGAGCAGUGCACUUUAGCAAGUUAAUUGAACUGGAAUGGACAAUCCAUGUGUCAUCAAAUGCACUGAAAACAUUAUACCAGAAAAAAUGGAAUAGCCCACAAACGCUGCCUCUAGCUUAAGACAUCAGGAAGCUUCAGGAUCACUUAAAGUGCCUAGAGAAGGUCAACAAAAAAGCACUCAUUGACCAUCCAUCCCAAAGGUCAUGGAGUG